UUAUGCCUUAUACGACUGCUUUGCUACUCAUAGGAAACUACUAAGCAUUCAGUGUUUGUUCGUUCAAUGGAGGGCAUUUAUUCAUAUUCAGUAACCAUCCUAGACAGGAUUACACCCUGGAUUGGACACUAGGUCAUCACAGGGCAUCACACACACCCUCAUUCACACCACAAGAUUGAACUGUGGACCAAGUAGCUGUGAAUCACUGGAAGCACCAACGUCCAGCCCUGAGUGCAGUCGUUAAAAUAAAAAAAAUAAAAAUUAAAGCUGCAAGCAGCAUUUUUGGGGACCAAGCACCCAGACUUGGUGAGCCACACAUUCAUAGACACGCUACAACUGUUGCCUAAGCAAUCAUAGAAAAGCAGAACCAUAACUUUAGGCAAAGGGAUUCAAGUGUGAUUUGUGGUUUCACUCAUGAUGUGUAUGUUUUGACCACAGACAGUGGUGGAACUGACUGUAGGAGGACAGAUCUACAUGAACAAAUGGGCAGGGGUGUUGUCUGUUGCUACUUUGACCUGUGGUCGUGAUUGCUACUGUUCUGAAAAAUUUUUUUCUUCUUGCAGUAAAAUCAUCUAAGGUAAAUUUCAAAUUGCCAAACAGCAAGUACUCUUUAAAUUAAGAUACUGAAGAGCAUUCACUUCAGCUUACCCUAGGGAAUCAUAUGAAUGUAGAACUGGGAAUGUAGAACAAGUUCUUAAAAUUAAAUUAGGAAUAUUAUGGAAGUUGUCACAGUUUUUGACCACAGGUGGAGCGAUCAUUAAACGUUUUUGGGGACAUUAGGGCGAGGUCCUGAAGAUCUCAUGACAAUAUGCAAAUGUCUUACUGAGAUACAGCCUAUCAUUCUGUUUGGUGCAUUUGCCAGUCUGUUAUGGGAGAAUAGUUUUGAUAUCAAGGUUUCUUUGAUAACUUUUGUUUAGACAGGUCUCAAGAUGAUGUGAGCCAAAUUUGGUGAAGAUCGGACAAAAUAUCAGUAUAAACGAAUUAUCACCACAAGUCUGUUAUAUGGUUAGUCCGGGUACUGUUGGGUUUCUGUGUGUAGAGUAUUGUGACUCUGUGUUUAGCUGCUGGUGAGCAGGGUGAUGGGAAAGGGGAGGGAUGUGAGUCACCUGAGUGUCUACUUUCAUAUGAGCCAUUAACCACUACUGUUAAGUGUGACAUGACAAAUAAAUUCAAUGUUGAACAGGGGCACCCCAAAACAGGCGGAAAUUCCACUUUUCUGCCACAGGCAAAAAGAGUUAAAUACUUGUGUAACAUUGUAAAACAACACUGAAUUAGUUAGUUAUACCACUUGCAAAAACAUGUUUGCCAGCUUGCUUUUUUGUUGUUAGUACAAAUGGGGAAAAUGUCAUUUCCUGCUUAGACCAUUUUCACACUUGUGGUUAAAACAUCCUGGCCACCAAAAUCUCACCACAGUCUGAAAGACAGGAAGAAGACUUCCUACGUCAUCUCCAGAGUGGACCAAAGUCUAUUAUUAUUAUUAUUAUUAUUAUUAUUUUAGAUGUGUUACAAUUCUAUAUUAAUGUGGUUUUGACUUUAGUACAUAGAACUGUAACACAUCUGAGAAAUUACCAUACGUAUGUAAGACGUUAUGAAUGUGUUAUGUAGACACAGUUCCUAUAUUUGCCUGGUUUAUUUGACCACUGGAGUAGUUUUUGGGCUCCUUUUGAAUGGCCAUUGUGUACUGGCAACGUGCUACUGUACGACUCUACAAAGUCCGCCCAUGGCGCAAUGACGCCAUCACAGUGCGCGGCGUGUUUACACUAUACUACGCUACACUACACUACACAAACACCCAUACACACAGUCCAACAUGGAAAAUGUGGUUGGGUUAACUUUGUUCCUCUGUCUAAUCGGUCGUUUGGUUAAUCAGUUUAUAUCGACCGAGAUCAGACUCAUCAGAAAAAGGAGAUUAAGGAUUAGGGACUUGAUUCUGAAUACACACAGCAGGUUACGACGCCAAAGACGAAGACAAAGACAAAUCCAGCUGUAUUACCAGUUACGUCGCAGGCCGCCUUCUGUUUGGGUCCGUCAAAGAGCAAACGAUUGGUGGACUGUUGUAGUUCCCAACUUUACAGAUGAGCAGUGGAGCCAGAAUUUCAGAAUGUCUGAAGACACAUUCCUGUACCUUUGCCAUAGGUUGCGCACAGCAAUGGAGAAGCGGGACACCAACUUUCGUCUAUGCGUGCCCAUAAAGAAACGGGUAGCCAUAGCACUAUGGAAGCUGACCACCAACAGUGAGUUAAGACUCGUUUCACAUUUGUUUGGCGUUGGUGUUACUACGGUGUGGCGAUGCGUUCGGGAAUUCUGCACAGCAGUUAAUGAAGUACUUCUGCCAGAACUGAUACCAUUCCCAAAUGAUGAUAAGCUUAUGGAAAUGGCCAUGAACUUUGAGCAGAGAUAUGGACUUCCACAGUGUGUUGGGGUUGUCGCUGGAUCACAUAUCCCAAAUGUCCCCACAGAGUACCAUGCCGAGUAUUUUAACCACAUGGGCUGGCAUUCUAUUAUACUGCAAGGAGUUGUGGAUGGAAAUGGGCUCUUCUGGCAUGUAUUUGCAGGAAGUCCUGGCAGUAUGCAUGACGCUACAGUUCUGCAUGUGUCAGGGUUGUGGGAUCUCAUAGGACAAGGACUAUUUCCAAACCAUACCAAAAAUAUUGCUGGUCAUGAUGUUGGCUACUACCUCCUUGGUAACGCUGCAUUUCCAUUGCAGAGCUGGCUCAUGAAACCAUUCUCAGACACUGGGCAGCUGACAGCGGAACAGAGGGCAUACAACCAGAAAAUCUACCGAGCAAGUUGUGUGGCUGAAAAGGCAUUCAGUCGGCUGAAGGGACGAUGGAGAUGCCUUCUUAAACGCAAUGACAGCCACAUAGACCUUGUGAAAACAAUGGUGCUCACCUGUUGUGUCCUCCACAACUUAUGUGAAACACACGGGGAGCAGUACAGCGAGGAAUGGGACCCUCCUGCUGCAGGAGACCAGAUUUUAGUGGCACUCCCACCAGAGGAAGACGCUGACGGUGCAGCCGUGGGUGUGCGCAAUGCCCUGGUGCAUUAUCUAAACACAGACAAUAGUGCUUCAUCGUUGACUGAGUAAAGUAUAUAAACAACAGCUGUGUCUGGCUUUAUAUCUAUUACGUAGAUAUCUGAAUACCAAAGAAGUAAAGCACUGAAAUUCUUAGGGGUGUAAUGAUACACUCCAGUCAUUAUUUGAUUCACUAUCCGAUUUUCAGAAAAUUCAGGCAAACUUUGAAUAAAGAAAAAUUAUGAC